UUUUUUAAGCCUUAAAUAAAAUAUUUAAAUUUAUAAAUAUAAUGUUAUUAACAAAUAACAAGGUUGAUGAUAGAAAACUUUUUCGAAUUACUGUUUCGAAAAAUUGUCAGCAUUUUCUAAAUCAAUUGAUUUUAUUGACUGUAAAUCUUCUUCAAAAGUAUAUUCAUCUUCUUCCAUCAUGGGAUAUUAUCAAUAAAUAAUCUAAUUGUUUUAUUGAUUAUUAAAUUACUUCCUGAAAAUUGUCUACGUGUUUAUUUAUUUUUUUUUUCUGUUUAUAACCUCAAAAUACUUUGACAGCAUGAAAACAUCUGUCUUACGUCAAUUGUCAAAAAAAUAAAUAAACAAAUCAUAUAAAUAUCUAUAAAUUGUUUUUAAAAAAAUUAAAAAAUUUAAUAAUUUAUUUAUAUUGUUAAAUAAAAUAUAAAAAAUGGAUAUAGAAACUGAAAAAGUUAUUGAACUUGUUUUUCCAGAUGGAAUUCCAGAUUCAUGGAAAGAUAAUCCAGAUUUUUAUCAGUAUUUAUCAAAACUAAAAAAUUUUGAUGUUGAUCAAUUAAAUAAAGAACCAGAUCAUUUAAUUGAUGAAAAAAAUAAUGUAUUAAAAACAACACAAGAAUUUGCAUUUAAAAAUUACAAAACAUUUAUACAAACUGCUGAAAGUUCACGUGAAAUAUUUCAUCAAUUUAAAGAAACUGAAAAAAGUUUAGAAAAUUUAUUAACAAAAAUACCUGAAUUUGUUGAUAAAUGUCAAUCAUUUUGUGAUAAAUCAAAAACAAUAAAUACCCAAAGACGAAUGAAUACAUUAACAUUAAAAAAGAAUACUGAAAUGUUGGAGAUAUUAGAAAUGCCACAAUUAAUGGAAUCAUGUUUACAAAAUGGUCAUUACAAUGAGGCACUUGAAUUAUCACAAUUUGCACGUCAAUUAUCAUCGAAACAUCAAGAUAUACCAAUUAUACAAUCAAUUGUUAGUGAAAUUGAAAAUAGUUGGUCAGGAAUGGUUGGACAAGUUGUUGGUUCACUACGUGGUGAUUUACCACUACCAAAAUGUUUACAACUUGUUGGUUUAUUACGUUCAAUGGAUGCAUUUACAGAAUCUGAACUAAGAAUUAAAUUUUUACAAGCAAGAGAUAGUUGGUUACAAAGUUUAUUAAAUUCAAUACCAAAAGAUGAACCAAAUUUUCAUUUAACUAAAACCAUUGAAUAUUCAAGAAUACAUUUAUUUAAUAUUAUAACACAAUACAGAGCAAUGUUUAAUGAUGAUAAUGAUUAUAUGUCACAAAAUCGUGAUAUAAUUAUUAAUGAAUCAGCAAUUUUUUAUCAUUGGAUUGAAGAAAAAAUAACACAAUUUUUACGUACACUUGAAAAUGAUUUACCAAAUGUAACAUCAAUUGAUUCAAUACUUGGACAAUGUACAUAUUUUGCAUUAUCAUUUGGACGUGUUGGUGUUGAUUUUACAAGUAGAAUGUCUGAUAUAUUUGUCAAUAAUAUUGGAUAUAAAUAUCAAAAAAAUAUUAAUACAACAACUAAAAAAUUUGAAAAAGAUAUGGAAAGUUUUACAUUGAUUAAUAAAAUUCAUAAAAAUGAUAUUAAAUAUGAUACAAAUAAUAUUAAAAAUGAAAAUCCACCAGAAUUAUUAGUUGAUUUUUAUCCACUUGCUGAAUAUUGUAAUGGUUUAAUAUUUACAUUUAAUGAAUUUAGACUUUGUGCACCAGUUGCAUUGGCUGAAAUUUUUACAAAAACAUUAGAAGAAUCAUUACUAUCUGUAGCUAAAGGAAUUUUAAUUUUUUAUAAACAAGAACAACAGGCCUUUACUGCUGCUGAAAGAGAAAAUAUGAUAAAAUUUGCUGAAUGUUUUAGUGAUCAUUUGGUUCCUUAUAUUCAAUAUUGUAUUCAUGCUAUUUUUCCACAAAAUCAAAUUGCAUUACAUCUUGAUACAACUGUUACUCAAUUACAAAAAGAGGGAAUUUGUUAUUUGGAUAGAAAAAAAAUUAUUGCACCACUUAUUUCAUUGCUUCCUAUUAAAAGUAUGCAAGAAUCAUUUUUAUCAUCAUUACCAAUGACAGAUUCAAUGAUUAAUAAAACAAUUGAAUCUGAGCUAGAUGAAGAACAAGUUAAACAAGAAAUUACUCCAUCCAAUUUAGAUAUUGAUACUGAUGUAACGACAAAUGAAGAAAAUGAAAAUAUCAAAGACACAAGUGACACUGAAAACAUCAUCGAAAAUGAUAAACAAGAUGAUAAAUUAGAUACAAAAAUAGAAGAAUAAUUUGAAUUAAUAAUUAACAAACAUUAAAAAUUUAAAUUAAAUCAUGUAAAUAAUUUUUAACUUGAAUGAUUCAUCAAAAAAAAAAAAUGUGUUAUGUUUUUAAAAAUAAAAAUAUUCUAUAUUGAAAAAUAAA